UGUAAUUCAAUGUAAAUGAAAACGAAUCAUUUUUAUGGAUAGUCAAAAUCGAAAAUUGAAAACAGGGAAAUAAAUUUACGAAAAAAAUCAUUGGUAUUUUACUGCCGAAAAUAAUUUUAAACAAGGAGUAACAUGUCCAAUAUGAUGCUUUGAUGCUUAGGGAUGUGCAUCGAUUACGAUGAUGCAACGAGAUGAUAAGUUUUACCGUGCAUGUAUUGUUAAAACUGUAGAAGUGAUACAGUGACUAUAUUGUUGGCUUGUCCGCCAUAAGGUUCACCUAACGACAACCGUGAAUAUUUCCUUCCCGUAUGGCUGCGUAUGUUAACCGUACGAUAUCAAUGAUGGCUGGCGACGGGCCCCACAACGUUGCAAUGCUGAACAAUGGUGCUGUCCGUGUGAACAUGUCUAAUGUGGACUCACCGCUGCAGAUAUUUGUGAGAGCCAAGAAGAAGAUCAAUGAUAUAUUUGUUGAGAUUGAUGAUUAUGUCAAGGAUGCUGUCACUUUCAUGCAUGCUGUUACGGGCGAAAAUGGAAUCGCGACCCCUCAAGACUUGGCUAACGUGGAAGCAUACGUAUCUAAAGUGCAGGCCAUACGAGAGGUGCUCAAGCGAGAUCACAUGAAAGUCGCCUUCUUUGGUCGGACAAGUAAUGGCAAGAGUACAGUGAUCAACGCGAUGUUGCACGACAAGAUACUGCCGAGCGGUAUCGGACACACCACCAACUGUUUCCUGCAAGUCGAGGGCUCCGACAACGACGAGGCGUUCUUACGGACCGAGGGCUCCGAGGAGAAACUUAAUGUGCAGUCGGUGAGCCAGCUGGGCCACGCGCUGUGCGCGUCGCGCCUGCAGGAGUGCUCGCUGGUGCACGUGUACUGGCCGCGCGAGCUGUGCGCGCUGCUGCGGGACGACGUCGUGCUGGUGGACAGCCCCGGCGUCGACGUCACGCCCAACCUGGACGAGUGGAUCGACAAGUACUGCCUCGACGCAGACGUCUUCGUGCUCGUCGCCAACGCAGAGUCCACGCUCAUGGUCACUGAGAAAAACUUCUUCCAUAAAGUAUCAACAAAAAUAUCUCAACCGAACAUAUUCAUACUGAACAACCGAUGGGACGCCUCCGCUUCCGAACCCGAGUACUUGGACCAAGUCCGCACGCAACACGCGAACCGUUGCGUGGACUUCCUGUCGCGGGAGCUGCGCGUGUGUUCGCCCAAGGAGGCCGAGGAGAGGAUCUUCUUCAUCUCCGCCAAGGAAGCCUUGCUCACACGUAUGCGAGAGAGAGAGAAACCUGUCUCCUCACCAAUCCUGGCCGAGGGUCAUCAAGUGCGUUAUUUCGAGUUCGUGGACUUUGAACGCAAGUUCGAGGAGUGUAUCAGUAAGUCUGCAGUGCGUACCAAGUUCGCGCAACACUCGCGCCGCGGGAAGAACAUCGCUGCUGAAGUCAUGGCCGCUUUGGAAGUGGUGUACAACACGGCGACGGACCAGAAGGCGGCCAAGGUGGAGAAGCAGCGCGUGCUGCACGAGCAACUGUCGGCCAUCGAGGACCAGCUCACCACCAUCACGCGCCAGAUGAAGGACAAGAUCAACCGCAUGGUCGAGAGCGUCGAGCACAAGGUGUCCCUGACGCUGAGCCAAGAGAUCCGUCGCCUGUCGGCGCUAGUGGACGAGUACGACACUCCGUUCCGCACGGACCGCGCCCACCUGGACCAGUACAAGCGCGCGCUGCAUCGACACGUCGAGUCCGGGCUCGGCUCCCGGCUCAAGAAGCGACUCUCCGCAGACAUCGGCAACGAAAUGGACCAGGCGCAGAAGGAAAUGGCUGAACGCAUGUACAAUAUCCUGCCGAUCCACAAGCGCGCCGCCGCGGCGUCGUACAUCAUCCCUCACCAGCAACCGUUCGAAGUCCUCUACCGCCUCAACUGUGACAACCUCUGCGCAGACUUCACCGAGGACCUAUCCUUCCGCUUCUCGUACGGCAUCACAGCGCUCAUACAGCGGUUCCAGGGCAAAAACUCGAAUAAAAUCGCGCUCAAGAACCCACCGCAGUAUACACAGAUCCCGCCGUCGAUAAGUUCAGCUCCGUCGUCAAUGGAAGUAGCGCGCAGCAACGGUCCGGCGUCGCUGGCGAGCCACGUGGGACUGUCGGCCGAGGAGUGGGGACUCGUGUCCAAGUUCGCGCUCGGCGCGCUCACCUCGCAGGGGACCAUGGGCGGACUACUGCUGUCUGGACUCUUGCUGAAGACGGUGGGGUGGCGCGUGGUGGCGGUGACGGGCUGCCUGUACGCGGCGCUGUACGUGUACGAGCGCAUGACGUGGACGGCGCGCGCGCAGCAGCGCGUGUUCAAGCAGCAGUACGUGGCGCACGCCAGCAAGAAGCUGCGCCUCAUCGUCGACCUCACCUCCGCCAACUGCAGCCACCAAGUGCAACAGGAACUAUCGACAAUGUUCGCGCGGCUGUGCCGGCUGAUUGACGAGGCGACGACGGAGAUGGACACGGAGCUGAGCGAGGUGAAGGAGGCCAUCAAGAUGCUGGACACAGCCUCCACCUCCGCCAAGAAGCUGCGCAACAAAGCUAACUAUCUGUCCCACGAGCUCGAACUGUUCGACGACGCCUUCCUCAAGCACAACUAACACGGCAACCAUUGAGGUACAUACUUUGGAAGGCACAAUAAGGUCCAGCGCGGUGGCACUGCGGCCUUUCGUCAGUGUGAAGGACCCGGCGUGAACUGUAGUGUGCGUGUAUUUAUCGCGUGAGUGAGCAGUCCCGGGUCCGAGGCCGACCUCUGUUGGUUCGCCUCGACCGGUCUCUAGCCUCUAGGAAGGUAAACAUGUUCAUGUCAAUGUAUAGUUAAAUGAUUCCUCUAUUGUAAAUUAGAGAUUUUGUUGUUGUUUUAAACUAUUUAUCAGUUUUUAUGUUGUAUCGCAAUGAAAUCACGCGUAGACGAUCGUCUAAAACUUGUUAUGACAUUAAUUUGUUAUAUUGAAUUAUUUUAGUUUUUACAUGGUUCCUGACGAUUUAUAAUUUACUUUUAAUGUUUACCUUCCCUUAAAAUAAUUACGUAAGCAUCCAGGUGCUACCAAACGGAUGUAUUGUACGAAAUCUUCUAAAUCUAACAAAGGAAAUGUUUAUAGACAGUUGUAUAAAGUUGUUAUCUCUGAUAAAUUAUAAAUGGAGGAUAUCUUAUGAAGUAUUUACUAUUUGUAUGUUUAUCAUCGCUAUACCUACGUGCUUUGUAAUCACAUUCGCGAAAACUGUUGGAUCAUAAUGUGAGUGUUUAGAUAGUGUACUGGGUACUCAUUAAAAUUAAAUUAUUCUACAAGCUCGAUAGCAUCGCCCAAACUGAUUAGUUACCAUACAAUAUUGUUUGCUAAACUCCGCAAUAUCGACUAUGCGACCUCUCUAAUGAUUUAUGUGAUCUGUGAUAUAUUACUUCUGUUGCAAAAUUAUUUUGUCCAUUGGCACACUGCAGGAACAAACAGUGUAAUGGAAAUGGAGCAUUUAUUAUGUUUAUCGGUAACUCAUAAGUAAAAAAACUAAUAAAAGUGUAGGCAUGGUCAACAUUGCGGAUUAUAAUGAAAUUGUUUCAAUAUAAGGAUUAAUUUAUUUAUUAGCAAAGUGAAGUGUGGUUCUCGGAUGUUAUUGUUAUUACUUGAUGUAGGCGAAACUGUUACUUUGGUUACACCUUCACCAAUCUGAUUACAUUGUCAAAGAAAUUAAGCUGUAUUUUUCUAAAACAAUGAAAUAUAGAAAUAAAUAUUGUCUACAAUGUAAAAUUAUAACUUUGUACAUUUUAUCAUUUCAUUGACAAUGUAACUUCAUCUUACAUUUUGGCUGUUUUAAAUAUUAAUAUUAUAUUAUAAAAAAUAUAUAGAAAUUAUUUCACGUCUAUACAAGGCGUGAUCAUUUAUCUGAUAGGAAGGUACACAGCAUACUAAUGGAAUGAAUUGCGACAUUGGGAGCCAUGCAACCAUUUGAUAUUAGAUAGAUUUUGUUGUCCAUUGUAAUUAGUUAUUGAAUAAUUAGGAGAAUUUUCUUAUGUAAAUAAAACAAAUAAAGGAUUCCUUUAUAAAGA